ACUUCCGGUUGACGAUGUUCACGUUUUGAUGUCCUUGGUGGAUAUUUCAUAAUAAACGCGAUAAAUAUCACUUAUUAUACGUUUUGUUGUAUUCCUCCGGAUUUCUGACCGCGGCGGGAGUUUGUUCCGCAUCCAGUGAGUCGAAAUGUCUUUAUUGUGGAGCGUGAGGCCGGCGCUGACGUCUCUGUUUCACGCCUCCCAGCAUGCACCUCUCUGGUCGGGUCGCACUAUGGCCACUCUGAACCAGAUGCACCGUCAGGGGAAACCCAAAUCUCCGCCCCAGCCCGUGGGCGCCACGUUCGGACGGCCGCAGCUGAAGGCCGUGGUUCUGAAGACCAUGAUCCGGAAGCCCAAGAAGCCCAACUCGGCCAACAGGAAGUGCGCUCGCGUGCGUCUGUCCAACGGGAAGGAGGUGGUGGUGUUCAUCCCCGGGGAGGGACACAACCUGCAGGAGCACAACGUGGUGCUGGUGGAGGGGGGGCGCACCCAGGACCUGCCCGGGGUCAAACUGAAGGUGGUGCGCGGGAAAUAUGACUGUGCUCACGUGGUGAAGAAGACUCACUGAUGAGAGAGAGAGAGAGUGUGUGUGUGUGUGUGUGUGUGUGUGAUGAAGAUGUUGUUGUGUUAAUAAAUGAAGUUACCAUGAGGGCGAGUCAGAACUUUGCUUUGGGUUCACUGCGAGGCCAGAAGUUUCAAGGCUUUUAUUGUCAUGUGUUCGUAGCUACAGUGUAGUUAUGUCAAUGAACAUAUUAGGCUCCUCCAACAGAGCAACACAGAUCAAAUAGUGCAAGAAGAGUCUAUAUACAAGUAGAUGGAAUUUGAUAUAUUAGAUAAAUAAUGUGUAAGUUGCAAACAGAUGAAUGUUCUUUCCAAAGUUCACGUGUGUAACGGUCUGAUGUGGACACUAACUUUCAUGUUUUUAUUAUUUACGUAUUUUCUGGAUUUUACCUGUAAGAAAAAAAUCGAUAAGAUGUCAAACUGGAUCUGCAAUCAUUAAAGGAAUACUUCAUCCAACAA